CGCCGCCUCUGUGCCCGCGCCCCGGAGAUGUCCUUCCCCCAGCUGGGCUACCCGCAGUAUCUCAGCGCCAGCCAGGCGGUGUACGGGAGCGACCGGCCCGGGGUGCUGGCCGCCGCCGCCGCAGCUGCCGCCGCCGCCGCUGCCGCCUCGGGCCGGCCCGCGGGCGCCGAGCUGGGCAGCGGCUCGGCCGCUGUCACCUCGGUGCUGGGCAUGUACGCCAGCCCCUACAGCGCCCCCAACUACAGCGCCUUCCUGCCCUACACCGCCGACCUCGGCCUCUUCUCCCAAAUGGGCUCCCAGUACGAGCUGAAAGAUAAUCCGGGUGUCCACCCUGCUACCUUUGCUGCCCACACUGCCCCCGCCUAUUAUCCCUACGGACAAUUCCAAUACGGGGACCCGGGGCGGCCCAAAAAUGCCACCCGGGAGAGCACCAGCACCCUCAAGGCCUGGCUCAACGAGCACCGCAAGAACCCCUACCCCACCAAGGGCGAGAAGAUCAUGCUGGCCAUCAUCACCAAGAUGACCCUCACCCAGGUCUCCACCUGGUUCGCCAACGCCCGCCGGCGGCUCAAGAAGGAGAACAAGGUGACCUGGGGCUCCAGGAGUAAGGACCAGGAAGAUGCAAACCUCUUCGGGAGUGACAAUGAGGGGGACCCCGAAAAGAAUGAAGAUGAUGAGGAAAUUGACCUGGAGAGCAUAGAUAUAGAUAAAAUUGAUGAGAAUGAUGGGGAGCAGAGCAACGAGGAAGAGGAGGAGAAGCCCGAGCUCCUGAGACAAAGCAGUGAAGAGGAGCACUUGGAAAAGGAGAAGGAUUUGGCACUGUCAGGGUCUGAAGGGCUGAAACCCAAAGACGCGCUGGCCAUGGUGAAGGAGGCCUCUGACAAUAGCACGAGAAUCAUCAGUCCUGGGGGACCGAACAAUUUACAGAUGCCAUCUCACAGCAAACCCAAGAUUUGGUCUUUGGCAGAGACGGCAACCAGUCCUGAUGGUGCCCUGAAAUCUUCUCCUCCUCCACCCCCUCCUCCCCAGGUUAACCACACUUCUCCUCAGAUUCAGCACCCUGCUUUUCUCCCUAGCCAUGGACUCUACACAUGCCAGAUUGGCAAAUUUCACAACUGGACAAAUGGGGCUUUCCUCACUCAGAGUUCUCUUCUAAAUGUGAGGUCCUUUUUGGGAGUAAAUCACCACCAUGCUGCUCAUCACAAUCACCACCUCCAGGCCCAGCAACAAUCUUCUGUUUUAACAGCAACCCUGGGAGCUCUAAGCAGCGAAAAACCUUCAGAGAGGACCAGUCCCAAGCACAUAGAAAGAGAAAAUGUACCGAGAACUGACUCCCCACCCCAGCCGCUAAAAUCGCCCUUCCAGCCUGUCCGUGACAACUCUUUGGCUCAGCAAGAGGGAACACCGAGAAUUUUAACAGCUCUCCCUUCUGCUUGAUUAAAUGAUUGGGUGAAAAAAAUAUUACAUAGACUGGUAUUAAGGACAGAGAGAGUGAAAAAAAGGAAACGGUAUAAACGACACCCAUCAAUCUCUUUUUGCAAUAAGGUGGUGCAAAUCCAUAAAAGCAUUACACAAAUCUGUAGAUGGAUUCCCUUCCUCAUUGUACCAUUUCAGAUCGUGUUAUUCUAACCAUUCUUGGAUUAUUUGUUUGGUAAAUGUUUCCCAUGUGUUUGUGGUUUUCUUUUUUCUGUAUAUAGAGUGAUUUCAGAUUGUAAAUAACACGUCAGCAAAACUUGUCUAAAUCAUAUAUUUUUGUCUAAUAAACUAAAUGAAAUUA